GUGAAUGACAACAGAGCUGCUUGAGGCGGGAACUCUGAGCUGAGCAGUGGAGGUUUCUUUGGAUCUGGAGAGAAGAGUGACCUUGGAGCCAAUAACGAGCCAUCCUGACUACAGAAUGAAUCUCCGGCCCCUGGGGACCCCCAGAGGUGUGUCCACUGUGGCUGGCCCACAUGACAUUGGUGCUUCGCCAGGUGACAAAAAGUCAAAGAACAAGUCCACACGAGGGAAGAAAAAGAGCAUAUUUGAAACUUACAUGUUCAAGGAGGAUGUUUCGGAAGGCUUGAAGAGAGGAACACUCAUCCAGGGUGUAUUGAGAAUUAAUCCAAAGAAGUUUCAUGAAGCCUUCAUUCCUUCCCCGGAUGGUGAUCGAGACAUUUUUAUUGAUGGGGUUGUUGCUCGUAAUAGAGCCUUAAAUGGGGAUCUGGUGGUCGUGAAACUACUUCCCGAGGAGCAGUGGAAGGUAGUUAAACCAGAGAACAAUGACAAAGAAACAGAAGCUGCAUAUGAAUCAGAUAUCCCCGAGGAGCUCUGUGGACACCAUCUCCUGCAACAGUCCCUGAAAAGCUAUAAUGACAGUCCUGAUGUCAUUAUAGAGGCUCAGUUUGAUGGUAGCGACUCAGAAGAUGGACAUGGCAUCACACAAAAUGUGCUGGUUGAUGGUGUUAAGAAACUCUCAGUUUGUGUUUCUGAAAAAGGAAGAGAGGAUGGUGAUGCACCGGUUACAAGAGAUGAGACCACCUGCAUUUCACAAGACACAAGAGCUUUACCGGAGAAAUCCCUGCAAAGAUCAGCAAAGGUGGUUUACAUCUUGGAGAAAAAACAUUCUCGAGCAGCAACCGGCUUCCUCAAACUCUUGGCUGAUAAGAACAGCGAACUGUUUAAGAAAUACGCCCUGUUUUCUCCCUCAGACCACCGAGUGCCUAGAAUUUAUGUGCCUCUCAAGGACUGUCCCCAGGACUUUGUGGCACGGCCUAAAGAUUAUGCCAACACACUCUUCAUCUGCCGCAUUGUGGACUGGAAGGAGGACUGCAGUUUUGCCCUGGGGCAGCUGGCUAAGAGUCUUGGGCAGGCUGGUGAAAUUGAGCCUGAAACAGAAGGAAUACUAACAGAGUAUGGCGUGGAUUUCUCUGAUUUCUCUUCAGAAGUUCUAGAAUGUCUUCCUCAAGGCCUGCCAUGGACAAUUCCACCAGAGGAGUUCAACAAGAGAAGAGAUUUAAGAAAAGACUGUAUCUUCACCAUUGACCCAUCAACCGCCCGAGACCUCGAUGACGCCCUCUCCUGCAAGCCACUCGCUGAUGGCAACUUCGAAGUGGGAGUUCACAUUGCUGACGUGAGUUACUUUGUUCCGGAGGGAUCCGAUCUGGAUAAAGUGGCUGCUGAGAGGGCCACAAGUGUCUACUUGGUUCAAAAGGUGGUCCCCAUGCUUCCCAGGCUGCUGUGUGAGGAGCUGUGCAGCCUCAACCCCAUGUCUGACAAGCUGACCUUCUCUGUGAUCUGGACACUGACUCCAGAGGGCAAGAUCCUUGAUGAAUGGUUUGGCCGGACCAUCAUCUGCUCCUGUACCAAACUUAGCUACGAGCAUGCACAGAGCAUGAUUGAAAGCCCAACUGAGAAAAUCCCUGCGAAAGAGCUGCCCCCCAUUUCCCCAGAGCAUAGCAGCGAGGAGGUACACCAGGCCGUCUUGAAUCUCCACCGAAUUGCCAAGCAAUUACGCCAGCAGCGCUUUGCGGACGGCGCACUUCGUUUGGAUCAGCUAAAGCUUGCUUUCACUCUGGACCACGAGACCGGAUUGCCUCAGGGAUGUCAUAUCUAUGAGUACCGCGACAGCAACAAGCUCGUGGAGGAGUUCAUGCUCUUGGCCAACAUGGCAGUGGCCCACAAGAUCCACCGCGCCUUCCCCGAGCAGGCCCUGCUGCGCCGGCACCCCCCACCCCAGACAAGGAUGCUCAAUGACCUGGUGGAAUUCUGCGACCAGAUGGGGCUGCCCGUGGACUUCAGCUCCGCAGGAGCCCUCAAUAAAAGCCUGACCCAAACAUUUGGAGAUGACAAGUACUCACUGGCCCGGAAGGAGGUGCUCACCAACAUGUGCUCCCGGCCCAUGCAGGGCCUGAGCAUCCUGGGACCAGGACCCCAGAGGACCCUCGGGCCAGCGGGAGCAGUGGGUGCUGGUGAGUCAGCUCUGGGCCCCAGCCCAGCCCAGGGGCAGGGACAGGCUGUAUUUCAGGGGCUUGGUCACACAGCAGAUUCAGUCUGUUCACAAGAACUGGAUGGCUUCAGCUGACCCUAGUGGAUUUAUUUUCUGACACUUCAGGCUCUGCUGGGCUUGAAGCCAUCAGGACCUGCUUGGGCCUGGCCGCCCUGACCUGCCCCCAGUCACAAGUGUCUGCCCAGCCAAGCACCUGCGGCACCCACAGCUGAGAGGGGCUGGGCCGUGCCUGCGGGGCUGUCUGUGUUCUACACUCCAGUGGCUCUAGGCCUGGCAGAGAUGGCACAGCAGCCCCUGAGUCCCAGAACUGCCAGUGGCUCUGCCCAUCUGGGGCCCCUCCCAUGCCCCUGCCUCUAAUGCCAUCACCUUCAAGGAGGUACAAGCUAAGCUGGAGUUUCAGGGAUCAGAGCCGCUCCAGAGUCAGCCAGAGCCUGAAAAGGCUGCAUUCUCCUGGCUCGCCUGCCAGGGAGCUCAGACGUGCCCUUGCCUGGGAAUCCAAUGGCAGGGAGUCACCAGAAGGUCUGCAGUGCUCCUGUUCCUCGGCCCCGGGAACUGUGCUAGGGACAGGGCAGGGCAGCAGCAGAGAGCACAGAAAGGUGUGAGGGGACACGCAGUCCCUAGUGAGCUUCUGCAUCAGGACACCAGGGCUAUCUCAGGAGGAGGGCUGGGCCUGUGGGAAAGCCAUGGUCCCCACCCAUCCCACCCGACCCUGAGCCACCUCCACCAGCCAGGAGGGGCCAGGGCCCUUCAUCAACCUCACCCAGGUCAUCUGGGGAAGUGGGCCACCGCUGAGAACAAAGCCCAGAUGUGUCUGGGAGUGGAGGCUGUGCCCACCUCCCCCAGAGACUUGCCCCCAACUUAACCCAGGGCCCAGCAGGGGCUGGAAGGGAAGUGGAGUUAGGGAGCCCAGCAGGUCACCACCAGCUACGCCCUGGAUUCCAGGGCCCAUGUGCACAGAGUAAUGGGAGCUGGCUGUCUGUCUGGCCAAGGGCACAGGAGGGUGAGUGUAUAUAGCAGCCAGGGAGCAAGGGAGCCAGCGAGACACACAGGAGUGACUUUGGACCUCUGCAAGGAACCCGUUCACUCGCUCCCAGGCAGCAGCACUGGCCUUUACACUCAGCCCUGAAAACGGGGGGACUGCAGGACAAGCAGCUUCAGGGGCUUGUGGCCCCAGCUGGGACGGGCUAUGUGCUGGUCCCUAGAGACUCUGGGUAUCUCCCCCUGUCCCAGCCCUGCCUCCUGCCCAGAACAAAGGUCUCUGGAACUCCGCCCUCUGUGUCUCAGCCCCUGGGAGGGUCAGAUGGUUGGAGAUGAGAAGGGCCAAGUCUGACAGGCUGGAAACUGCCUCUCUUGGCGGCUGUGGGGUGGAGUACUGGUGAGCACAGAGGUGCCCAGGUGAAGUGUGGCUUCAGCUGGGCAGGAUCAGUGCCAGAGGGGAUGAGGAUGGCCCCGACCAAAGGGGGGCCUGGGCCAGAGAGGAAGCACCCAGGAGCCUGAGGCCCUUAUUGCACAAGGCAGGGGGUCCUGGGCUUUCUCUCCCUCCUCCCACUCUGGCCAGAUGGGAGGAUGGACGUUGCCUCCUUGAACAAAGACCCACAGGCUCCUUGGCUUCUGCUUGUGUCUCCAGCAGACACUGUCUGCAGCCCCCAUUGCAACAAAACUGCAGGCCUCCUCCUCCUCAUCGUCCACCUCCACCACCACUUUCUCCUCUUUCUCCUCCACCGUCACCUCCUCGUCCUCCGCCACCACCACCUCCUCGUCCUCUUCCUCCUCCUCCUCCACCAUCGCCUCCUCCUCCUACUCCGCUGCCACCACCUCCUCCUCCUCCCUUACCUUUCUUUCUUCUUCCUUCUUCCUGGCGAUGGUAGCUGCCCCAGCCCCAUGCUGGGGAAGGGUAGACCAGAGACUCUUCCCUCCUGGUGGUGCUCAGCAGUAACUCAGCAGGGACUGGACUUGGGAGGCUCAGCUCGUGCCCCCUACCCUGAUAGCAUCCUGGGGGUUCCUGGCUCUCUGGUCCUCAGCGGGGUGGACCUGUCCAGGCCAUUCUCAGUGCUGCCACCUUGAGGGCAUCUGGGAGGCCCAGGCAGGCCAGAUUUGUCUCCUGGAAAGGAC